AUGGUUUCGCCGUUUGGUGGCCUGGCCCGCGAGCCCGGUCUGGCGUGCGGCCUACAAAAAGUCCGUCGGUGGGGUAGGCGGGUCUGGCGGUACAGGGGUAGCUGGAGAUCUGCCUACCCUGGGGCUGGCUCUGGUGGUGCAGGGGUAGGUGAAAUCCGGUACAGGGGUAGGUGGAUUUUGCUCCAGGACUCGUGCAUCUCGCCAACCGUGGCCCCAACCGCCGAUUGGGGGGCACCAAUCGACGCGUCUCGACGAGACGAUCACAACGGUAUAGGGCACGCCUCGCUGGCUCCUCUCCCCGAGGCGUGGUGGCCGUUUGAAGAGCGCUGGAAAGGCGCUACAAGAGCGCUGUGA